AUGGAAACAACAUCAGUCUACUUAAUGAAAUUAUUUAAAGCUAUAUGGGACCAAGAAGUCAUUCCUACCAAACGGAACAAAGGGCUGAUUGUUAAAAUACCUAAGAAAGGAGACCACUCCAUAUGCGACAACUAUAGAGGCAUCACUUUACUAUCUGUGCCCAGCAAAGUCUUCUCAAGAAUCUUAAUAUCAAGGAUUCAAAGUGAAGUCGAAAAUAAACUACGUGAAGAACAAGCUGGAUUUAGAAGUGGAAGGAGCACAACAGAACAAUUAUUCACUCUACAGAAACUGAAAGAAAACGCAAGCAGUAUUGGACUGAAAAUAAGUUCAAGAAAAACAAAAGUGAUGAGACUGAAUGCUAGGAUCCAAACACCAGUCAAAAUAGACCAAACAAACAUAGAAGAUGUAGAAACAUUCACAUAUCUGGGUGGAAUAAUUACAUCAAAAGGAGGCAGUGACGAAGACAUCGAUAGCAGAAUAGGCAAAGGCAGAAAUCAAUUUCGCAGACUGAGAAAAAUCUGGACAUCCUCUAUCUUCUCCAUCCAGACUAAAGUCAAACUCUUCAACAGCUUAGUCAUGUCAGUACUACUCUAUGGGAGUGAAACAUGGAAAGCAACAGAACAAGACAAAAAGAAACUUGAUACAUUUCAGAACAGAUGCCUGAGGCAGAUUUUUAGGAUAAGAUGGCCAAACAAAAUCAGAAACGAAGACCUACACAAGAGAGCUAAAACGACCAAAGCCAGUGAAACAGUCACAAUCAGAAAAUGGAAGUGGAUUGGCCACAUCUUAAGACAAGAAAACACCAUCUGCAACACAGCACUAACAUGGCAGCCAGAGGGAAAAAGAAAAGUGGGCAGACCAAAGACAACAUGGAGAAGGACAACCGAACAAGAACGAAAACGGCUCGGAUGGAACAGUUGGGCAACAGCUAGAACAGCUGCAAAAGACCGGACUCAAUGGAAACAGCGCAUUAAGGCCUUAUACACCAAUGAGUGUGAAGAGGAUAGGGAAACGCAGGAAGAAGAAAUGAACUCUAAACUGAUAUUACAGAAAACUGGUAUCAGGCGAGACAGCUACUAUCAGGCGAGACAACAGCUAUCAGGCGAGACAAUAACUAUCAGGCGAGACAACAGUGAUAUAUCGGUAUUGAUAUUGAGAUGCUGA